GGCGCGUGGUAGUGAUGGCGGCGCUCAGUGAGGCUUUGCUGUCACUGGAUACUACUACUCCCAGCCCUCCGCGAAGCCGCCCGAGCAGCCCCCGGGUCUCCCGUUUACAAGUAGCAAUUUGACUUGCUCUGCUGCAUGUUAAGAGGGACGGUGGAAAGUGUGCGGACGCCCCCGGGAUUCAGCGAACGCAGCUCCAAAAGGAAAAAAGGCAAACAAGUAAACAAAACCCACCCAUCCUGACAAACAUGAGGCUGCUGGAGAGACUGAGGAAAGAAUGGUUCAUGGUCGGGAUCGUGCUGGCGAUCGCCGGAGCGAAGCUGGAGCCGUCCAUCGGGGUGAACGGGGGACCACUGAAGCCAGAAAUAACUGUCUCCUACAUUGCUGUUGCAACUAUAUUCUUUAACAGUGGACUAUCAUUAAAAACAGAGGAGCUGACCAGUGCUUUGGUGCAUAUACGACUGCAUCUUUUCAUUCAGAUCUUUACGCUUGCAUUCUUCCCAGCAGCAAUAUGGCUUUUUCUUCAGCUUUUAUCAAUCACACCGAUCAAUGAAUGGCUUUUGAAAGGUUUGCAGACUGUGGGUUGCAUGCCUCCCCCUGUGUCUUCUGCAGUGAUUUUAACCAAGGCAGUCGGUGGAAAUGAGGCAGCAGCAAUAUUUAAUUCAGCCUUUGGGAGUUUUCUGGGCAUUGUUAUAACACCCCUGCUACUGCUGCUUUUUCUCGGCUCAUCCUCUUCGGUGCCUUUUACAUCUAUUUUUUCUCAGCUUUCUGUGACGGUUGUGGUGCCUCUCAUUAUUGGACAGAUUGUCCGAAGGUACAUCAAGGACUGGCUUGAAAGAACAAAGCCUCCUUUCGGUGCUAUCAGCAGCAGCGUGCUCCUCAUGAUCAUCUACACCACCUUCUGCGGCACGUUCUCCAACCCGAACAUUGACCUGGAUAAGUUCAGCCUUGUGGUCAUACUGUUCAUAAUAUUUUCUAUUCAGCUGGGCUUUAUGCUUCUAACCUUCAUCUUUUCAACAAGGAAUAAUUCCGGUUUCACACCAGCAGACACUGUGGCUAUCAUUUUCUGUUCUACACACAAAUCCCUCACUUUGGGAAUCCCGAUGCUGAAGAUCGUGUUCGCAGGCCACGAGCACCUCUCCUUAAUCUCCGUCCCUCUGCUCAUCUACCACCCGGUGCAGAUCCUCCUGGGCAGCGUGCUGGUGCCCACGAUAAAGUCGUGGAUGGUGUCGCGGCAGAAGGGAGUGAAGUUGACGAGACCAAUCGUAUAGCGCAGGAGGUGCCCGGCCUGCGGCGAUGUACAUAUGUACAGGGUUGUGCACAGUCCUGAGACUCGUACUUGUGAAUGUUGCUCCGAUGCAUAUUUUAUUUUUUUACACACAGAAAAUGAUAUAACUGUUGAAGUGCCUUAAAAAUGUAUUUGACAAGAGCGUUAUUUCCAAAACCGACUUUGUUGGUUACUGCCAGGGGUGGUGCAGUAUUUUGGAGUUGUUUAAUAUUUCUUUUCCUAACGCAGGGAACAGUCAUCGUAAGUGACAAAAGCCCCAGCUUUGUGCAUACAACUCUGUCAUGGUUACUGUACUGUUCAAAAGGAGGUCGUACCAUCAGAGAAAUGCCCUUCCGAAGACGGGGACUACUUCCAAAGUCUUACUCACAAGUACUUUGAUUUACUGUGUGAUUUUCUUCUACAACUGUGACAUGCCUUUUAUCAACUCCACAGGAGUCAUAGACUGAAAAGCAUAAUUUAUCUGCAUUCCUUGACAUCAUUUUUUUAGACAUUCCUUCAAAUAGUUUCCACACAGAAAUUCCUCUGUGCCAUGAUCAGAAAUUGUGAUAGUAUGUGUCUUAAAUUUACUAUAAGCUGCUUCAAAGAAAAGACCUGGUGGUGGAGUUAUGGUCAAUUAAGUGACGUUUUGAGGAAAACUACAAGAUAUGGUUUUCAGGAUUUUCAAAAUCAUAGAUGUUUCAUUUUUCUUCCAAUUUAAUUUCUUUCCUAUUUUCCAACACACUCGCAAACUCAUAAUAGCCAAAUGUGAGACACAAAAAUGUUAUCAGUCUGAGAGCAUCAGUGAUUAAUGAUGGACUGUAUUCACAUUCCACGACUGAGAAAAACUUUUCCUGUUACAUAGAUGUGCUGAGCACAAAUCACCCCUGUUAGCCAGAAGCAGCCUGUUACAUCCUUGAAUUAAGCACACUUACGGCAUUUGAGACAAGUUAUAAAUGAAAAUUUCCUUGGCAGGCUUGACAAACGAUUGCGACAUUUAAAAAAAUUUAAAUCAGAUUGCUGUUAUGAAUAAAUGGAAAUAUGAAGGUCAUAGAUGCAAACAGAUGUUACAGAUACACAUUCUUUCUACCCAAAUGG